AUGUUAACAUAAAUUUUAAUUUUUCCAAUUUUCAUCUCUUUGGCAUGCUUUUCUAUGAAUGAAAAGCUCCUCUAUGUAAUUACAUAGAAUGAAACAAUAAGAUUAAAUUUAUCUUAAGUGUUUAUUGGCAAUAACAUAGUGUAUUCUACAAUACAAACAGAUUUUGACAUAAUCUAACCAUUCGACGAAUAUGAUAAACUAGAAUUACCUGAAUAAACAUAUCCCAUUAGUUUUAAACCAUUACUUAAUACCAACAAAAAAUGGCUGAAUUAAUUUGCAUACAUGGCAGAAAACUUCAUUUCUGUAAAUAUUACAUAUUCCAAUCCAUAAAUUAACUUAAAUACUCCAUAAUUUAGAACAGUUUUAUAUAUAGAAAAGCAAGAUCUAUCUUUGAAUUGCUUUGAUUUUGAUUAUUUCAAGGAUGAUAGUUUUAUUAUUGUGUGUUAAAAAGAGACCCAAAACUUAGUGUACAUCCAUAAUAAAAAUGGAGAAUUAUUAAAUUAGAUUGAACUUGAAAACUUUCUCAAUGUAAAAUCUAUUUAAAUUACUAAUACUUUGAAAUAUUUUUACAAAUUGGAAAGCAAUUAAUCCCAAUCAGUUCUUUCGAUUUAUAAAUGGAAUGAAGAUUACACUAAAUUAGAUCUUAAAUCACAGAUAAACAAUUCAACAGUUCAUUUGCUAUUUCCAUAAAAAGAAUCUAUAUCCCUCAAGAUAAAUCAGUACAAAAUAUUAAAGAAUAAUGAAAUUUACUUCCUUGAUUAAACUUUGGGCCUGUUCAAAUAUGAAAGUAAUCAAGCAACAGCAAUUAAGGCAGAUAAGAUUAUAUCUUUUGAUAUAGAUGAAGAGAAUGGGUUUUUGAUUUUCCUUCAAACUUAAAAAAUCAUAGUAUAUCAACAUUAACAUUAUAUUCAAACUAUUUCUUUGGAUUUCAAUGUGGAUGAGAAAGGCAAGGUUCACAUCUCAGGACAAUAUAUCAUUUUGCAUAACACAGGAUACUUCUCAAGCUAUAGUAUUUAUUCUGGAUAUCUACUCCAAAAGAUCAAUAGCGAAGGUAUUAUAACUUAUUUAUGCUCAUAACAUUAUUUACUUACGCUUUCAAACGAGUAUUCACAUUUUUAUCUACUAAAUAAUGGAUACCUACUGUUAAAUACAGAUGAUAGUGAAACAAUUAAUACAUAUCAGUAAUUUACAAUUUAAGGAAAAGAUAUUCAUGGUUCAUGCAACACUUCUAUUACUUUGCAAACUAUAUAAGAAAAUUAAGAAACACUUAUAUCUGAUCAUGAGAAUAAAUCAAUUACUAUUGGAUCUCCUUUUCAUUAAUAAGAAUUGUAAUUGAUGAUAUCAGGGCCAAAUUAAAAUUAUGUAUGUAUAUCAGAUUGUUCCAUCUAAUAAAUUUCAAACUAUCCUUUUAAUAUUUAAUUCAAAGAUUCAAUAAUCUAUUAAGAUGUUGUAAAAAUCGAUAAUAUUUAUUAUUAUUUACUACAAUAAUUUUAAAAUACUUAACAAUUGCAUAUAAAUAAAUGCGAAAUAUAAACUUAAUUAAUCUGUACAAUUUAAUCAGCAAUGUAAAUCAAGAUCAAUCUUAAUGAAGACAACUUUUAAUCAUAGUUGAUAGAUAAAAUACUUUAUUUUGUAGUGUUAGAGACUUAAAAAACGGUUUCCUUAUAGACUGCUAAUAGUACAAUAAAGCAACUUGUUCUUGAGAAAUCUGUUAAAUAAGUACUAUUUGAUCAUUCAUCAUUAUAUCUGGUAUUUGAUAAUUAAAUCCGGUUUUAUCAAAAUAUAAUAAAAAGUGAUGAUUAUAUUUUGAUUGAUGAAUCAUUUUUUAAUAUGUGUUCUUACAAUAUCAAUUUCGAACCUCAAAGAUUAUACAUUAAUUCAAAGAGAGACACAAUGCUUAUAAAUAAUAAAAACAGCUUAUUGAUUACAAAUUUAUUUACUGAUUUUUACAUCAAAUAUUACCUAAAUCUUGAAAUAAGCGAAACUGAUUUCCUUGCAAUAUCAGAUUAGACAUUUAUUUUAAUAAAAGAUAAUAUCAUAUUUGAAUAUAACUUUUACUAAGAAGUGUAUUUGAUCCAUAAAAUUCCUACUUAUUCAUAACAAUUAUUUUAACCAAUAAAUGCCAAAUGUAUAAAUAAUUAUUUAUUGAUUCAAACUGAAUAGUAGGAGAUACUAGUGUAUCAGUUCAAUACUUAAGCUCAUAAUUCUUUAAAGUUUCAAAUAUCAAUUAGCACUACGAAUAUAAAGAUCUAAAAAUAAAAAAUUAUAAUAUCUCCUUUCGUAUCAAAUAAGCAGUUAUUUGUAAUUUUAUACUAAAAUGAAUUUAUACUAAAACAGAUUCAUUAAAAUCCAAUCAUAUCAUAUCAAUUUGAAUAAUAAAAUAAUAGAUAUAUCUAGGAAAUGACAGCAAUAAUAUAGGUGCAUAACAAAAAGUAGAGCUUAGAAAUACAUUAAUCAAUAAAAUAGAUUAAUACAUUUACAUAAAUAGAACUUCUUGAAAAGGAACUCAAAGACAAAAACAAAUUACACCUACAUAAGUAUGAAUUGAAAAUACCUAUGAUUCAUAAAUGGUAUGAAGGUCAGGUAAUAGAUUUCAUUGCUGAAAGUGAGAUUAAGGAUGUAGUAACAAUCCAAAAUCUAAUAGAAAAGACAGAUGAUUAAUUAUCAAAUGGAUUGCAAUUUAAUAAUCUAAUAUCCCUAAACAAUGUAACUCAAUUGUUACAAGGAGCUUAAUCAUUUAUGUUAUUAGAUUCAUAAUUCGAAUUAACUUCGCUCAUUAAUUUAGAUGUUAAGCCCUAAUUCACUUGCACAUACACAUUUUAAGAUAACGUUUUCUAUUACACGUUGUGCAAUAGUUUGACUGAAUCCUACCUUCAUAUUACUAAAGUUGAUGAUGGUUUCCCUUUAGGAUUCCUAUAUUAAUUUGAGGGUUUAACUAAGAAGAUUGGAUGCAUAAAUAAAAAGAUCGUAUUUUUGACUGGAAACACAUUAAGAAUUGGAGAUAUUGUAAUUGAGAAUGGUUAAUUUUCUAUUAAGAAUAUAAUUUAAAUCAAUGAAAUUUAUCUAAAGUUACAAAGUCUAUUUCAUACAGUAGAUUUUGACAUUAUUUAGAGUGAAGGAGAUGAAUUCAUCGUUUAACUUUUAGAUAAAACUGGUCUGGUGGGAAUAUUGCGGGGAAUCUAUAAAGAAAACAAUUACGUAGUAUUUAACAUUAAGACUUUUGAUACAAAAUACCUCAUAAAAAAAAAUAAUUACUCAAUUCUAAGUGAUACUUCAUUCAUUUUUAUAAAAACUUUGUAUCACUCCAAGAAUUUUAUUCAAAACCUAAGAUUUCUCAUUCUAACUAAUAAUGCUGGAUCAUAUGGAAUUAGGAUUGUAUAUGAUGAUGAGAGUAAUCCCUUUUUGGAGUUCAUGAUCAUUUAGUAUGGAUUUUGGGAAACAUAGAGGUUUGAUAUUGGAAAUAACAUAAUUUCAAUUUCUUAUAAGAAUGAAAAUAAGGUCUUAAUCGGAGUAUAUAAAAUUAAUUUCAAUAUAAAAUCAGUUGAAUUUGAAUAAUUAAAAAUAGUAUCAGGCUUGCAGAUUGAAUAAUCGUAAUAGGAUCCUGUAUUCUUUUUCUUGAAGGGUAAUAAUCUAAUGGUUGAUACAUAAAAUUAGAUUUUCUUAUAAUACUGCAUAAAUGACUACGUAUACUUUGUUGUGAAAGGAGCAUAAGAUCGACAGCACAUAAAUAUCACUGGUAGAAACGACUUUACUUCAGAAUCCUUGAAUUAUAUAAUCAAUUAUCAUAUAGAGGAAGAAUCAUCAAACACCUGGUGGAUAGUGUUGGUGAGUGUCUGUGGAGGAGCCAUAUUGAUAGCUUUCUUCUUUUACCUAUAUAAAAGAAUGCACCCUGUAAAAAGUGUAAGUUCCAUCCUAUUGGAAUGA